CUUACUCCCAUAUUAUGAGAGAAAAGAGAAGGAGGCAACUCUGAAAGCGUUCUCGGCGAUUGGCAUAGCAAACAAGAAAUCCCCAUUGCCAACGGGAAGAGAAGAAGAAAUAAAAGAAAUUAUAAUUCCAGAGGGAAUUGUAAGAAAGGGUUGCUUUUGUUUUCUUUUUCGGUUUAAAGAUUGAGCUCGCUCUGUGUUUUGGAUGCGAUCAAUGGUGUAUUCUGGUGAGAGAGAGAUGGCGAUGGGACCCGAGAGAUCAAAGCCUCUUCACAAUUUCAAUCUGCCGUGUUUGAAGUGGGGCAACCAGAGGUAUCUCAGGUGUAUGAAGCUUGAUGAUGCUUCAACCGCCACCGACUCCUCCUCCGCCGCUGUUGAUCAUCAUCAUCGUCAGCAUCAUCGUCAUGUGUUUCAGAGGCGCCGAUCUCCGCCUUCCAAAUUUGAGAGUAUGAUCGUUGGUGCAACGCGGCGGCGGGAAUCGGAGUCGUCUCCAAGCAACGACCAGAACAACGAUAAUGGAAGGGAACGGCGAUUGAGGAUAUCCAAGGGGGAGGCGGCGGAGGGGAUCGAGGCAGUUAGGGAGAAGAUCAUGAAGGAUCUUAAAACGGCGGCGGAUAAGAUUAAAGAUGAGAUUUUUAGAGACGAAGUGUCCGACGAUGAUGAUGUCGACGACGAUGAGGAUGAAUUCGAAGAGCCUAAACGGAAAGUGAAAGAGAAAGAGAAAAUUAAAGAGAAAGAAAGAGAAGAAUCGCCUGCAGUGGCAGUGGAGGCUAGGCCGUGGAAUCUCAGGACGAGGCGUGCCGCGUGUAAGGCUCCGAUUGACGGAGGAGGAACAAACAACAAUUAUAAUUCUCCGAUGAAGAAUGAGGUUAUUAAUUCACCCAGAGCAAGGGACAGAGGAUCAUCGGUGGCAUCGGCGGCGGCGGCGGUGGCGACGGCAGAGAAGAAAAGUCCACGACCGAAAUUCUCGGUGUCGCUGUCGAAGAAAGAGAUCGAGGAGGAUUUCAUGGUGAUGGCCGGGCACCGCCCUUUGAGGAGGCCAAAGAAACGGCCACGUUACGUUCAGAAUCAAUUGGAUUCGUUGUUUCCUGGAUUGUGGCUGACGGAGGUGACGGUGGGUUCUUACAAGGUGCCGGAGUUGGUUCAAAACGGCAAGAGGUAGUAACCGGAGUGGCAACAAGCUGCAGGAAAAGUUUCCGAGGCUUCUGUUUGCUGACUGAUGGUAAUUUUGUGACCAUAACUAGUGCUAUACAGAGGUACCAGACCUUUAUGAAAUGGGAAUUUCAUAAAAAUGUUGAAUUUCCCUAUGACUUUCUGGUGUAGGUUCAGUUUCUUUGAAAUGCUAAUUUUUGUUUUAUUAUAAUCUUCAUUCAUUUUUUAUUUCUCUCAAGCUGAAUAAUCUUGUAUAAAAUGAGAUGUCAAGUGCAUCUUUAAUAGAUAGAAGAGAAUGGUUCUUCUAUGAGCUUGGUUUUCUGAUAUCAAUUCAUUGAAUAAAA